CACCUGAAUUUCACACUUCCAAUAUUCGAGGGAGGGAGAGAGAGAGAGAGAGAGAGAGAGAUGAGUGGUGGUGCGAUGAGUUCAGUGGUGGCGAACGUUGGUGGUCAGUCGCAGAGCCUCCACAAGGUGUUCGUGUACGGCAGCCUCAUGGCGGAGGAUGUCUGCCGUGUCCUCUUAAAUCGCGUCCCUCAAUCCUCCCCUGCCCUCCUCAAUGGCUAUCAUAGGUACAGCAUCAAAGGAAGAGUUUAUCCGGCGAUUGUACCCGUCGAGAAUAAAACAGUUGCCGGCAAGGUGCUGUUGGGCAUCACAGAUCCUGAAUUACAUAUUUUAGAUGAAUUUGAGGAUGUUGAGUAUGAAAGAAGCACUGUUGAGGUCUCUUUGAUGGAUACUUCUGAGAGCUUGCUUGUUCAAGCAUACGUUUGGAGCAACAAAAAUGAUCCGAACUUGUACGGAGACUGGGAUUUCGAGGAAUGGAAACAACUACACAUGAAAGAUUUCGUCAAGAUGACUUCGGGUUUUAUGGAAAAGCUGGAGCUGCCCGAAGCAAAGCCAAGGGUUGCAACAUACGAGUCGUUCUUUCAGCAGGAUCGCGAGAAUCCGCCCGCGUCAUAAUCCUAGACUCAGUUGUAGAUUCUAAUCCGUAUAAACAUCAUCUGUCGUUCUAUGAUCCGUAUUCAGUGUAUAUCGUAAUAAUUGAAGCAAGUUUCUGUACUUGUUUGAGGCAUUGAUCAAGAACAACUAUUAUUUGGACUUGGAAUAAUCUUAUACGUCCGCAAGAGAGUUGUACCAAA